AUGAAGGCAUUUGUGGUGUUUUGCAUAAUUCUAGCCGUUACUUCUUUCGCGGCUGCGAAACGUUCCCACAGGAAAGGCAAACGAGGCCUUCAAAUUCAAGAAUUCGAUCAGGAUUCCGAAGAUAACGAAAAUCAUCAGGAAAGUGAUCAUCGGUCUGGCAAAAAGAAUGGACCCGUUCUAUUUCCAAUUGAGUUCGAGAGGCUCAAGCCGGUUAAAGCGAAGAGGCUAUACCAAGCUGGGAGCUCGAAGUACUAUCGAGGUACAACAGCUCUUGUGGAAAAGGCCGCCAAGAAAGGCAAAAGAGGUCUUCAGGUUGAAAGUUUCGAUCAGGAUUCCCAUGAUAUUGGAAAGCAUCAGGAUAGUGAUUACAAGCCAGCAGACAAGAAUAGUCCGGAAAUAUAUUCAAUUGAAAUCGAAGAUUAUGAGUCAGCUCCAGUGAAGAUGCCAUCAUAUGAUGGGGACAAACAUAGCUAUCCAACGUCACGAAAGAAGUUAGUUCAGGCCGAGAUGCAUCAUUUUUCAGCACCAGUGAAGGAGCCAGUUCAUGAGAUGCAUGAUAAGCCAGCUCCAGUGAAGAUGCAAUUUGGGUACCAGAAGCAUCACGUGCCAGCUCCAGUAAAGGCGCCAGUUGAGAGCGAGAAGCAUUUCCCAACUCAUGUCAGGGUUCCAUACCCAGUGGUGUUUGAAAAGCGCGUUCCAUACCCAGUUGAGGUUGAGAAGCGCGUUCCAUACCCAGUUGAGGUUGAGAAGCACGCUCCAACUCAAGUAAGGGUACCAUACCCCGUUGAGGUCGAGAAAAGGGUUAUAGUGGAGAAACAUGUGCCGUUUAUAGUCGAAAAACAGGUACCAUUUAAAGUGGACCGACCGGUGCCUUAUCCAAUAGAAGUUAAGGUCCCAGUGGUGCAAAAGGAAUACAUCGAAGUGCCAAAACCGUACGCAGUUCAUGUGGAAAAGCGCGUUCCAGUGUACAUUACCAAGAAGGUGUACGUCGAUAAACCGGUGCCAGUGACCAUCUACAUUAAGAAAAAGACUAGUGGUUGGAGUUGGUAA